CUAACGGCUCGAGGUCCACCUUACGACCCGUUUAUAUUUUUUUGGUGGGGGAGGGAAGAGACAGGGUGUUCCGUCGGCAAUCUCUUCAGACUCUCAAAAGUCGAAGAAACGCAAUAACUUCUGAAGGCGGAAGACGCUAAUGCUCCGAAUGUGGAUUUUGUCGUGUGGGGAAAGGGAGAGUUUAACAACGGUUUCGUGAGAGGGAAGUGACGUCAAGGGACCAGGCGGGACGAAGUUUGAAUUGUGAGGCGGCGAUUUGUUUUCUAUCUAAAUCUGUAUACCGUACUUGCAGAAAUAUCGUAGGAGGAGGCGACCGACGUGUUAUCUGUCUGAAAAGAUGCAGCGGUCCAGAUUACCUGUUUACCGUCCAAGACAUCCACAUAAUGCCGUGUCUCCAGUGGAGGCUCCGACUGCUAAGAUGCUCAGAACAGAUAAAAUCUUGCGGCCUUCAUUGAAAAAAAUCUCUGUGAACCAGGCGCUCCCAGAGUUUGAGAAAGAUUUACCUCGGACGUUUAAUUUUUCACAGAAAAAGUCUAGUGCUGUCCCCUUUGAGGCAACAGCACAGCCAUGCAAACUGUCUUUAAACAAAAGAAAGAAAAUACCCCCUUUAUCAAGGAUGACUCGUGCUGACAUGGAAAAAUACAUGGCACUGAGAGUGGUUGAAGCAGAGCUUAGAGACCAAAAUCAGCUCUUGGAAGUCGCCCAGCAGCAGUUAAAGCAGGAACUGAAGAUGGCAAAAGACCAAACAGAUGAGUUAAUGAUUAGGACUAGGAGCUUGCAAUCUGAGAAGGAAACACUAAGCAAGAGGCUUCAGAACUGCACAACUAUAUUGGAGAAUAACCUGAUUGAUCCUGUUUCAGCCAAUAGAAUAAUUGAAGAACAUGAUCAAAAGAAUGCAUACCGAAGGGAUGCAAUGGUACAUGCGGAGAAUCUCCAGACAGAACUAGAAACAUGGGGAAAAUAUGCUGAAGAAAAGAAGGGGAGGCUCCAGGAGAUGAGGCUGAACUUGGAGAACACCAAGGAGGACAGUGUUAAAAUUGUACAAGAGACUGAUUUGAUCCAGAAGGAACUAGAGGAAUGGAGAAUAUCUUUAAACCAAUCAAAACAACUUUUGCAUCAGGAUUUUGAAUGUGCUGAUCUUUGAAAUGAUAAUGAAUCGCUUUAAGGUGUACAUUUGCUAAAUAAAGUUCCUCAAAGGGAA